AUGUCGCUCCCGGGUCUCGAGCUAACCCAGCCAUCGGAGGAAAGAUCACAGGCACCUGCGCCACCGUCACAGAUCAGCCUGACCCCAGGCUCGGAAUGGCGAUUUGAGGUUGCCUUUGGGCAUAUUAUCAAAGUCAAGCUCCUCAACGGAACCGCGGAACUCUUCGGCACAGAGCUUGCCGAAUCCCAAACCUACACAUUCACCGGCACGAAAGCGGCAAUCUUCACAUGGCAUGGCUGUGCACUUGAAGUCACGGCGGUCGAGACAGUGACAACUACCUCUGAUGGAGUUACCCCGACGGUGGGCCACGGCGCAGGAGGCUGCCAGAGCGAAUACACGGCUGAGGAGACGCCGAUGGUAGAAUAUGCCAACGUUCACUUUGCGCUCGAGACAAUGCGCGAAGAAGCCCAGUCAAUAGGCAAGGACGGCCCGCGCGUGCUCCUUCUCGGCUCUGAAAACACCGGAAAGACCAGUUUGGCUAAGAUCUUGACCGCCUAUGCGACAAAGAUCGGCCGUCAGCCGUUGGUCGUGAACCUCGACCCCACGGAGGGUAUGCUUGGCGUCCCUGGCACACUGACUGCGACUGCCUUCCGUACCAUCUUGGAUGUCGAAGAUGGCUGGGGAAGCAGCCCUAUGUCCGGGCCCAGCCCUGUACCCGUCAAGCUGCCGCUUGUAUACAGUUACCCGAUGCAAAGCCCACUGGAUGGCGAAGGCGUCGUGUACCGACCAGUCGUCUCACGUCUUGCACUGUCUGUCACGGGCCGGAUGGCCGAAGACGAGGAUGCGCGGGAAACGGGAAUUAUCGUCGAUACACCGGGAAUCCUUGGCACAGACAAGCCAGGCACCAUGGAACUCAUUAAUCAUAUUGUCACCGAGUUCUCAAUCACAACAAUCCUGGUCCUAGGUUCGGAGCGCCUGUACAGCACCGUUGCCAGACAAUACGACAACAAGCCCAGCUCUAGCGCAACAGCCGCUGUCUUUGACGAGCACAUCUCUGUCGUCAAGCUGUCCAAAUCAGGUGGCUGUGUUGACCGUGACGAUGCCUUCCGCAAGGCAACACGGGAAUCCCAAAUCCGUUCCUACUUCUUCGGAAACCCCAUCCCCUCCUCUUCACCCUCUUCUGCCAUCACUCUUUCUCCCCACGCACAGCAACUUGACUUCGUCUCCCUCCCUGUAUACAACUACACCGUCUCCUCAGCAGACGACGAAGACGAAGAUGAAUACGACCCUUCCCAGCUGGGAACAGGCGACUCCUUCCUCCCUGGCGGUGGCGGCAUGGAUGACUACGCCUCACAAGGAACAAAACAAGACCCAGACCGCGCCGCCCCCUCCCCGUCCACCGACAACGCGAAUUCAAACGCCAAUGCCAACAGCGGCAGCAGCGUCCCGCUGAAGAAGGUCCUUCCACCCGCUCCCUCCACUCUGGCAAAUACCCUCCUCGCCAUCACACAUGCGCCUACCACGGCAUCCCCCGCUGAAGUCCGUGACGCAAGCAUCAUGGGCUUCUUAUAUGUUGCCGACGUCGACGUGAACAAGGGAACGAUCCGUGUCCUUGCGCCGGUUGGUGGGAGAAUGCCUCCGCGUGCUAUUAUAUGGGCGAAGCGUUGGCCUGGGGAGUUGGUCGGAUUGGUUGGUUAG